CUAAAUUUUCUCUAGAGAGAGGAGAUAUCACGUAUCUUGGUGUCAGAACAUUUGUUGCGCAGAUUAGCUUUGAAUAAUAAUGGGUAGGCCACCAUGUUGUGAGGAGACCGGUGUGAAGAGAGGGCCAUGGACGCCUGAAGAAGAUGAGAAGCUUAUCGCUUAUAUCAGUAAACAUGGCAGUGGAAGUUGGAGAUCAGUUCCAAAGCAUGCGGGCCUCAACAGAUGCGGCAAGAGCUGCAGGCUACGCUGGACAAACUAUCUUAGACCAGACAUCAAGAGAGGAAAAUUCACUGGAGAAGAGGAGCGAUUGAUCAUCAACCUCCAUUCGGUUCUUGGGAACAAGUGGUCGAAUAUUGCAAUGCAUCUUCCAGGGAGGACUGACAAUGAGAUAAAGAAUUUCUGGAACACCAAUCUGAGGAAGAAGCUUCUCCGGAUGGGUAUUGACCCAGAAACUCACAAGCCAAGAACUGACUUGAAGCAUCUCAUGAAUGUCUCGCAGAGCCCUUGGAGCCUUGCAGGUCUGGGUUUACACCAACCAGAUUUAACUCAUCACUUAGCCCAAAUCCAACUCCUGCAGAACCUGUUUCAAUUCAUGAAUGGCAGUAACAUGCAGAGUAUUCUCCCACUCUUGGGUAAUCAAAGUUUGAUCAAUAACCCAAUUAUGGAAGCAAGUAUAAAUGGUGCAAACAGCACUCUUCCCAAUAACCAAGAGUGUUUCUCGGGAGACCAAGAAUUAUAUGCGAGCACUGCUCUAUUUCCACCAGCACCAAGUGAAUCACGCCAGGAUAUUUCAGAAUCAUGGACAGACCCAGGAGGAGCAUUGGAUCAAGAAGUUUUGGGUAUUAACAAUAGUAUUAGUAGAACUUCAUCACAUGAAAUGAAUCUACAGGCUGCUGAAAAUCCAUUUCCUGCAACUUGUUCAGGCAAUUUCAACCAAAUGGAUUGCUCUAAUACUGAUGAAAUGUCCAAUAUGCGUUCAUCACCAUCCACAGUCUUUGAUGCUUGGGAAAAACUCUUGGAAGACGAUACAAGUGAUUCCUACUGGAAAGAACUUUUAGAGUAAGCCUAUUGACGUCUUCCAAUUCGCCCAUUUCGUGGUAGAGGAUUUUAAUGUCUUUCCAGAUGAUCAAGGAAUACACACACGCACAAGGGAUACAAUAAAACAUUAAUUAUUCAUUCAUUCAUCCAUUACAAAUAAUUUUUGUUUGGUUAUAUUGUUUGGAUUCGUCUGUUGUAUACCUAAUAGCUAAUACGAGGUAUCCAUGUGUGAUUGUUGCAAAUUGUUUAGUUUGCUGUUCCUUUUAAGAAAUAUAAUUCUACUUU